ACUGAUCAGAAUACUCACUCACUGUUAGCUAAAUGAAGCUCAAUUAAGGGUUUUCAUGGCGUCGAGGACGAAGAUCACUAGGGCAUUGGGAAGCCUAUCCAAUUACGUAUCUGGGUCGGCUUCGAAAGUCGUUGAUCGAGAAACCCGGGUUGGAAAUCUUGGAUCUUUUCGGCAAUUAUCAUCAUCUGCUUCGGCAGCUCCAGUCGAAUCGGAUAAUCGUGGUUCGAUGGUGAUGGGUUUGAAGGAUUACGAGGAUUACAGGAGAGCUCUUUACGGAGGCAUCACUCAUAAAGCUCUAUUGGUCGACGCUGUUGGCACUCUUGUUGUUCCAUCUCAGCCCAUGGCUCAAAUAUACAGACAGAUGGGUGAGAAAUAUGGUGUUGAUUACUCCGAGGCUGAGAUAUUGAACAGAUACAGAAGGGCUUAUGAACAACCUUGGGGCAGAUCUCGUCUCAGAUAUGUGAAUGAUGGGAGACCAUUUUGGCAAUACAUUGUGAGUUCUUCAACUGGUUGCUCAGAUAGUGAGUAUUUUGAGGAGUUAUAUGACUAUUAUACUACUGAAAAGGCUUGGCACCUAUGUGAUCCAAAUGCUGAGAAGGUAUUCAAGGCACUUAGAAAUUCAGGUGUAAAAAUAGCGGUUGUUUCAAACUUCGACACACGGUUAAGACCUCUGUUGAAAGCUCUAGAUUGUGAUCACUGGUUUGAUGCUGUUGCUGUUUCAGCUGAAGUUGAAGCGGAGAAGCCAAACCCGACAAUAUUUCUAAAAGCUUGCGAUUUGUUGGGAGUGGAGCCUCAUGAUGCUGUUCAUGUAGGGGAUGAUAGGAGGAAUGAUGUUUGGGGUGCAAGAGAUGCAGGAUGUGACGCUUGGUUAUGGGGAAGUGAUGUUCACUCAUUCAAGGAGGUGGCUGAGAGGAUAGGAGUGAAGGUGUGAAAGUAAGGCAGGGUCUUUGCGACGACUGUAAUGAGGCCAUGUUCAGUUCUGUUUUUCUUUAUCAUCGUCCUCAUUGUAAUAAAAAACGAUAUGUACAUAAACCCUUUUUCGCCUCUCGAAUUUAUCCCUCAAGCGAUUGAGUGUUCUUGGAUAGAGGAAUCUAAUAGUUGGGCAUCUUGUAUGUAGAUAUGUAAUAAAAUGAGUAACUUUCUUAUUAAACCAAAUCACAAUGACCUUGUGGAUUCA